CAAAUCCCCCCCCUUCCCAAGUAAACUGCAUGCAAAAAUCCCACAUGAUCAAGCGGCAGCAGCCGUGCUCCGAGCUGGCUGCCUGCACCUCCUCCUCGCCUUCAUCCCUCACGCACACCGGCGCCAGAUCCCGCCUCGGACACACGCGUGUGCAUGUACAAGUUGAUGUUCACGGGACUGGACCCUGAUUUAUCGCAGAGAGGCUCCGAGAGGCUGAAAGAGAUUUCCGCACCUCGCCGUAUCGCUCCAUUCGUUCCCCGAGCAGGAGAGGCCAGCCAAGACCAGCAUCAUCAGAGGAGUUUGCAGGCUUGAUUUUCCACUUCUCCGAGGUUUUGCUUUUCUCCACGCCCUCUCAUACAACAAUUUUUUUUUUUACUUCCAUCUCUUUGGUUUCCACGCCGCAAUAUUUCUUGGAUUGGCCAUUCUUUUUUUUUUCUGACCCCCCCUUUUUUUUUCUUGCCCUUUUUUUUUUCCCCGCCUUUGCUGUUGCUAGUCCUUGGUGCAUCCACCGCCCAGGAACAGGAAGGACAAGAAAACCACUCCACAAAGUCUCCUUCAAGACACUGUGCUGCAGAACAGGCUCCUCAACUCCAUCAGCGGAGCGAGCAAACUCCUCAGGGGUUUUGCUCCCCCCCCCUUUUCUCUCCUCCACCUCCCUAUUUUUUUCCCUGUUUUUGUUUGUUUCUCAUUUGCGGGGAGCGGAGGGCCAGGAAGGAAGACACAAACUUUGUACUUUGAGAUCUGCGGGUACUUCUCGUCCCGCUCCCAGCCGGCCGCCUUUAAUACGUUGCCAGGACCCCCCGUGGGCUUCCAGAGCGAAAGAUCUCCUUCCUCUCCUCCUCCUGUCCGCUCUUCUCCGCCGUUUUUCAGCUCGCUUGCUCCCUCCACCCCCGCGAAGCCCGAGCCGCGGGUCGGGGCCGCUCGCAGUCGCGGAGGAGCGGCCGCCCCUCGACCGCCCGCCGCGCCGGCGGGCCGGUGUAUGUCGUGCCGUUGGCUCCGUGCGGGACUCCCGGUGAAUGAGCACCGCCCGCCGCCUGCCGCCGACACCCGCCUCGGCCCCCGCCACCCCGUGCCGGGAUAAGGCUCCCUGAGGGGCCGCGGAUCGCCCUCGCCCGCUGGCUUCGCGACUGCGGCGCCAGGCGCCCUCAGCUCGCUGCUGCGGUGCGGCUCGCCGCGGAACCCACCGCCUGCGCGCCUUGUUUCUUAUUUAUUUACCCCGACCCGGUCCUGCCUGCGCCCCCGUCUCCUUCUUUUCUUUUUCUUUUAUUCUUUUUUUUUCUCCUUUCUUCCCCCCUUUUUUAAUUUUUUUCCCCCGCAUCUCGCAUCGCUGCGCUGCCGGUCGGGCGGAGAUGCCGCACGUGGAGAUGCUGCUGCUGGCGGCCGCGGCGCUGUGGGUGUGCGUGCGCGGACAGGAACCCGGCGCCAAGGCGGUGGCCGACCGCUACGCUGUCUACUGGAACAGCUCCAAUCCCAGAUUCCAGAGAGGUGACUACCACAUCGAUGUCUGCAUCAAUGACUACCUGGAUGUGUUCUGCCCUCACUAUGAAGACUCAGUGCCAGAAGAUAAGACCGAACGCUAUGUUCUGUACAUGGUGAACUUUGAUGGCUACAGCUCCUGUGAUCACACUUCCAAGGGGUUCAAGAGGUGGGAGUGUAAUCGGCCGCAUUCCCCGAAUGGACCAUUGAAGUUCUCGGAAAAGUUCCAACUCUUCACGCCCUUCUCACUAGGAUUUGAGUUCAGGCCAGGCCGGGAAUAUUUCUACAUCUCUUCUGCGAUCCCAGAUAAUGGAAGGAGAUCCUGCCUAAAGCUUAAGGUCUUUGUGCGACCAGCAAACAGCUGUAUGAAAACUAUAGGUGUUCAUGAUCGUGUUUUCGAUGUUAACGACAAAGUAGAAAAUUCAUUAGAACCAGCAGAUGAUACCGUACAUGAGUCAGCCGAGCCAUCCCGUGGCGAGAACGCGGCACAGACACCAAGGAUACCCAGCUGGCUUUUGGCAACUCUAUUGUUCCUCCUGGCAAUGCUUUUGAUAUUAUAGCAGAGUAUGCUCCGACAACCUGUCGCAGAAAAUAUCAGGGUCUUGGAACAUCAAAGACCCACCUAACUGCUCAUCCCAGGAAAGGGACUUUAUUGUUUUUGCAGAUGUCAAAUUGUUAUUUUUCCCUUUUCUUCUCCCUUUUAGCCUGAACUCAGCAAAAAUUUGAAGGGGAUAACUAGCUUCAGCACCCACCCCUACCUACCCUGUGACUUUCUUAACCCCUCCAUAUAAAUAAAAGGACUCCAAAUGAAAAUGCCAAACUAUAAUAGUGACACUAGUGAUUCUUAUUUUCCUCUGCAUUCUCCUUUAAAAAGUCACCUCUGUUAGCUCACUGUGUCAUCCUUGUGUGGACUAGGAAGAAUAGUGGCAGAUACAAUCAGUGAGGGAUAAGGAAAGUGAGUGAAAACCUGGGAGAGUCUUUCUCUGUGAUACAAUAUUUAUGCCUUUUUAUUGAGCACUAUAGGAUGAUCAUGCAAGGCAUUGUGUCUCCAUGUCAGGACUGGAGGGGAAAUAUUAAGAGUAGACAUAAUAUAACACCCUUACCUCCAGGAGUUUCUAAAUGAACUGGCUUCUGAAAGGGAAAGAUGAUGUUUCUUAUGGGACUGUCUUGAAACGUCUUUGACAGUAAAAUUUGUGCUCACAAGUAGAGAUGCUGUCUUUGGUGAGAGGAAGAAGUUUAGUAUUUAGGAAUGUUAGCAUACAGCAGGCAAAGUCAGAUUUAGGAAACUUCACUGGGGGUGUGAGUGCCUCUGUUAUUUCGUUUUAAGGGGAUAAUGCACACCGGAUUAUUUUAUUUUAAAACAAAUCAACCGUGGUGCUACAAUUUUUUCUUGAAAUGCAGAGGCACUUUUGAGAAUAAAGUGACCUUCCCCAGCGCUGACUUAGUAGCUGAUAGCCUUGGAUGCUGCUCUGGGUGUUAUUACAUGCUAAAAGAGGACAUCAGUGGCCAGACGAAACAUGUUUGGGACACAGGAUCUUCAGUGUGCUCUUGAUUUGUCUCUCCUGCAAGUUCCUCAGUCAUGGGAAUAAAUCACAUGUAGAAGAAGCCAGGGCACUCUAAUAGCAUUGUUUGGUGGGAGGAAAAAAAGAAGUGUGGAAUACGAAUUCAAGUGUUGAUUUUUGUCUUUUCACCUUCCAGCACAGUUUGAAGAGUAGAGGAAACAUGUUUAUCAACCGGAGAUAAAGUAGAUGGGCUCCCAAAGACUUAACAAAAUAUUUUUUUAAAAAUCCACUAGAAUAGAAAAUACGUUAUUUAGAUAUACUUUAUGCUGAGAGUGAGUAUAUAUGCUUGUCCUGUUCAAACAUGUGAGAGAAGUGGUAACCCUUGAUGCAAUUAGGAAAUGGGACUGUCUUGUUUGAUGGAAUUAGGUAUGACCUUGUUAAGGAAUCUGAGCCUUGGCUAACACAAAACUUUAAAAAGUAGUUUGCCAGGAAGUGCAAGCCUUGGAGUGCUUUUUGGCUUGGCUACCAUGGAAUUUGAAUGCUAAGCAUAAUCAGUGAAAUUUCAGACCCAGACUGAAACAGAGCUUUUCUGACAAAAACUGUGGUAAUUACAUUAAGUGUGAAACAAAACACGGAGUGCAUUCAAGCAAAACAAGAUUUUUCUAUUUUAAUUAUGAAGAAAAAGUCUGCUGUAACAAAAUUGAGUGAUGCCAUUAAUGGACAGCACUUCGUAGGCUUUGUUUUUUGUUUGUUUUUUUUUUAAUGGCUAAAACCUUUCCAGGAGUUGAAGCAGGAGAGGGAAAAAUAAAUUUGAGAUGUAAAGGGAGGUUUUUUGCAUGCUGAGCUAUGACCUGGGCUUGCCUGAUAUCGAACAUAUUCAUCAAUGCAGGGCCUGUACUUAACAGGAGGAAAGCAGGAAAUUUGCUCUAGUAUGAAGUGCACAGAAUAAAGAUACACAGACCAAACAGUGAGGGAAGUCAUCAUCUUAUUACAGGCUGUCUGGUACUUUGCUCUCUUUAAUGUGUAUAUGCUUGGUACACACACUAAUACUUCCUGAAUUUAGGAAUUAUAAAGCUUUGGAUGAGGUGAGGUUAUUCAAAAUACACCUUAUCAAAUGGAUUAUUAACCAGAGUACAGAUAAUAUUGCAUGAUGUGUAACCAUAUUAAAAUGAUUCAUAGCAAUUGCAGGCAGUCAUACCAGUAGUGCCAAUUUAAUGUAGGAACAGUGACUUCAUUUGUCAUCUUUUGUCUCUGAAUGAUGUUGGAGUUGAAGAAAUACAUUUAUCCACAAAGGAUUGUCACUAGUGUUACUCCUGGUGAAACUCACCCCUUCAUGUUGUCACAGAGCCUUGCUGGGUAGGUGAGGGACAACACAAAUGAUGUGGCUGCAUGGCAGAUCCCGGUGCUGCCUGGCACGGCGUGGCUGGGAGCAGCAUACCAGACUCUGUCAGUUUGAUACUUGAUGGCAUUAGGCAAUCCCAGUCAUACCAAGAUACAUAAAUGUUGGUGGGCUUUGUGUUGCAUUGCAAAUCUCUAGAUGCUUUAAAUGCAGAUGUUGCUGCAAAUUGAGGAGAUUUUUGCUUCCUUACCCUUUAUCUGCCCCAGCUCAAGUCUGAGGUACUGAUUCUCCCUCAGCCUAGGGAGAAUGGGUUACGUAUGCCCAUGACCUGCGCUCCUGGCUGCCAAGUGCAUUGCAAUGUGAAGCAGGCAACAUAGGGAUCAGUCAGUUUAGUGGAUACUGUGUAUCCUUCAAUAGACAAGGUAACAUUUUGUGUUAGUUUAGAAUAUUGUUUUGUACUGUACUUACUUGGAUGGCGAAGGAAAGACAAGUAAAACUUAAAGCUAUGUUCUUUAAAUUCUGUAUUAUUAGCAACCUCUGUUGUAUAUAGUGUUUGAUAAUAAAGUAUUAAUUUGAUUCUUAUGUCUUUUGUAAGUGAGAACAAUAGACUUUCAGGAUAUUAAAAUCACGUGUUGAUUACAAGACAGAGCUUUGAAGCAUCAAGUGUGAUCAUGGCUGAGAAC